AUGUCGUGCCGAUGGCUGUUUGUCAAGACUCUCUGCCAUGGACUCUUCUGGCUAGGAUUCUGCCAUUGCAUCCACGACGGCAUGCUGCCGUUCGGUGAGACACUACUGUACGCAAUUCUGAGUCACAUGCUGUGCACCGUGUGGCCGACGGUGGUGGACGCUGCAGUCACACGAAUUGCCAGGGUGCUUACCAAGAGAGCGCGUGGCAGCAAGCCCUGCCGCCGGAUCAAAGGCAGGCGGUACAAACCAUGCCGUGGCAGACGGCGGCAACGUCGCAGGAAGAAGGCAUGGACUCGGUUGUGGCAUUGGAGCCGGAAGCUCCGCAAUCGACUCGCCCAUGCGCUGCAUGGUAACGGACCUGGGCCAACCGAUGCCAGUAGCAACAGUGGAGCUGCAUCCGGCAGCAACAAUGCAACGGAACAGCCUGAAGCAAGCUAUACUGUAGAAGCACGUGCCCAAAGGUUGCGGAGAGUGCCGGUCGACAUCCCCGGCGAUGGGUGGUGUCUCCUUCAUGCCGUGAGCUGGUACUUGGAACGGCACGAAAGCCACGAGCCAGAGUGGAGCGUGCGGAAAGCGGCGGACACAUACGCGCAGGCAUUGGAAUUUCUAGUCCAGCAAUUCGACGGCCCCAGUGCCGCGGACAUUAACAUUGCUUGCAUGCCCGACCAGCCCGCCGAGCUGGAACUGCAUCGCCGAUUCUUGGAACGCCGGGGCAUCCUCUUGCCUGAUGAACUUCCGCAAGGGUUGCUCGUGCUUUGGAGCAAGCUGACAGCAGUGUUGGAAAUGCCGAACAUGCUGGAUAGCAUCCAUCAUGGCACCAGCGUGGAGGUUUGGGCACUGACAAAGGCAUUUGGCUUUGAAGUGCUUGUCUGGAGUACAGACGUGGAUGCUAACUACUGGAUUGCAACGAUGGAGCGAGUCACUGACGCGGAAGCGAUGCGGCUGGCUGAGCUGCACCCGCAUGCCUUGCACCUGGUGCACCAACCCAUGGGUCACACCGGACACUAUAGCUUGCUGUGGGAAGAUAGGCCACCCGCUUCGGUGUGGCAACCAACACCAUGGUUGCAGAUAUGGCACAGGGAGGGAGCACGAGCCUUGCAACAGCAUUUGGGUAUGAUCCGCGUGCAACCUUCGCGGGUCGAGCCGGCAGAGCCACCCAACCAGCCGAAUGCGGCGCCUGCCACCGCAGAAGCGGCGCCCGAGCCGAGCAAGCCGAUGGCAUCCAACCAAGACCCGUGGCCCGCACCGGCCACGCCACCUUGCAGCAGCGGGUCCGAAGUGGGCUUUGCUGACACGGAAAGUGUCGUGUCGUGGAAUUCACACCAAUCCAGUGAAGGCUCUAGUGCCGCACCUAGCCUGGUGCUGGAACCAGAGCAUGCAUGGUGCACGCUGGAAGAUCAACUUUGGGAACAAAUUCAGACCAUCAGCCGACAGUUUCGUACCAAACCUUUGCUGCCACCAUCCGUACCACACGUUCCGGUCGAGUUAGCCGACAGCAUGUCCGGCGUCCCGUAUCCAGCCUGCCACUGUGCCUUUGAAGGUUGCACGUGGUGCAGCGACGCACAGCCGUGCGUGGACGCAUUGCUCUUGAAAGAUCGAUGGAUUGUGCAGGGGGUCACUUGGCACUGCAGCAGCGGAGCCUGCUGCAACGACACCGCUGCCUGUCUGUGGGCGCAUUUGCACAGCCAGCAUGCACUCGCCUUUCAGCACUGCCCCGGAGAUCUUGUGAGUUCGUACAUCGCAGCCUUGAAAUGUGUCGAAGAGCAAUCGGUCCCGGCCGUUGGUUGGAGUGUGGAUCGUCGCACUUUGCGACGCUUGCAUGCUGAAAGACAAGAAGAGCAAGCCGUUGCUCUCAUUUGUGCUUGCUGUGCCGCCGUCCUGCCCAGCGGACCGCGCAGCGACAUAGGGUACUUGAGCGUGGAACAGAUCUUCGAAACCUUGACACCCGAGAGCUUCCAACAGAAUUGGGAUUUGAUGCAAUAUCGCACGUCCUAUGGCUCCCAUGCAGCCGUCCAAAGGCAACUCCACGGAGCCGAAUGGCAGCGGACCUUGCCACAGACAUUGUUCAAUGGGCAGUCCAUCCUGUGCUGCCCGGAAGAUCUCCGGUGCAGCGCCUGCCCUGCAAGUGGCAUGCAGCUCUGCCGCCAGUGCGAGCUGCCACUGUGCCGAGCCUGUUGGAAACGAAUGCGGCAAGGUGCAUUUAGUGGCAUUCCGUCAGCCCUCUGCAACGACAACUUUUAUGGCUAUCCGGCCGAGCUCCUCUACCAACAUCGGGUGCGGUGGAUAGAGACAGCGGCUGCUUCGCCACUGUGGACUUCCAUGGUGAGCUUUUACCUCGAAGCAGACCGCGGGCACGUCUUAGAGGAGCCAGUGCAUCGAGCCGAGCACAGCCUGGCCAUCCGCGGCAACAUCAGCGCCGUGAGCUUGCCGUGGGAAGAGAUCUACGGCCACUUCGCACAGAUGACACCCCACGAUCGCAUUGCAACCUUGCCGCAUGCGCUGCCUGCCUUGCGCGCAAUGGUGAAAGUGACGGUGAAGGGCAUGCGGCAUGCUGAGCUCGUGGAGUGGGUAGCCGGCGCCCACCUUAGGCCUCAUGUGGUUGUUGCCCUCUUAGAUCACUUAGUGGAUAUACACCAUCCCAUGUUCGCAGCCUAUGACGGCACGCCAGCCGAACUGAAGCAGCUGUUCCGAUCCAAAGUGCAGCGGGAGUAUGGCACAGAAGAAAUUUGUCCAGUCACCGUCGAAGAGCAAGCCGACUUAGCUGGUGCAGCACCCACUCCAGCUCAGACAAAGAAUGCAACCCCAGAACCCGCAAACCUUCCACAGUUUGGCGGGGAAGCCUUCUUGGGCAGCAGCCGACCUCAAGUUCUCAGCCCGGAUUAUACCAGCAGCCAGGCAGGUGACACGACGACCCAAGAAGUGACGCGCCUUGCUCAGGUCACGCCCAAGGUCACCAUCCAGACGGGCACAGAGUUUUGGGACCAGUGGCAGACCGAGUACCUUGCCUGGGCCUUCCCGUUCAGCGUGCCAUCCCCCGUCGGCGGGCCGGACUUUCCAAACAAGGAUCGUCCGCGACGCAAGGCCGACGCAGCGGUGCUGGGGCCAGUCCCACACCUGCGCUCCUUAGCCCGGCGCGUCGAGUCUUCGCUGCGAAACUCUUGGGAUUUAAUUUCAGGCCUACGUCGGUUGACGUUCAAAUGGCAUUCGGUUUGCCAGACGCCGCUGUACCGCGCUUGGAAACCCAAGACAGAUGUCCUCCAAGCGACACCGGCGCAUGAAUGGGUUGAGGCGGCCAAAGCCUUGUAUCAAAAAUUACAAAAAGGCAAGUAUUUGACAGCCGGCAAGACGCUGAAGCCAAUCAACUACGAUGCCCGCAAGCUAUGGUUUGCCGAAGGCCUCACCCCGCCCGAAGCCCAGCUGCUGCGUGACAUCCGGCACACGCAAAUGACCUUGCCUGGAACAGUGGAGGUCCGGCGACGGAUUGGCCGUUUUCUCUUCGGAGCACGGGUCGAACUCGGAGAACCCAUCUUCAUGACCUUAUCUCCCACGACGCGGCACAAUGCCUUAUGCUUGCGACUCUCGCGGUACCGACAGCACGACCCGGGUGCGGGGCCGCUUUCUGGAAAGCACAUGCCACGCGUGUGGGAAGAGGCCGAGGUGAUUGUGCCAGUUCCUGAGUACGAGACGCGCCGGCAGACUACCGUUCGAGAUCCCUGGGCCGUCGACAUAGCCUUCCAAUGCAUGGUUCGUUUUGUGUUUGCGGAGCUUCUCGGUAUCCGCAUGUGCUUCCGCUGCCUCAAUUGCAGCUGUCGCGAUGCCCUCGGACAGUCGACACACCCGAUGGGAGGCAUCCUUGGCCUGGUGCUCGGCUUCUGCGGAGCCAUAGAGUAUCAAAAAAACAGCAACCCCCAUUUUCAUGCAAAUGUGUACGUCGCCACGGUGUGGCAACAGCCUCUAAAAAAAUUAGCCCAAAAAAUACAAGCUAAGGCCGUUACCUUGGAGGAACUGUUUCGGUACCAAGCCUGGCUGCACAAUGAAAGCCACUUCAACCUCGAACAGCAUGAAGCCCUCUUUCCAGCCUUAGAAAAAAAAUGGAUGCAAAACUUCCCUGGGACGGAGCAUGACCAGUUAUGCCUUUGGCCGGCCUUCGUUGCCACAGACACCACGCCUUCGCCGUGGCUGCCCCAGUCUGCCGACAGCAGGCCGCUCCGCGUAGAGCGUUGCUCAUCGCCGGCCCAUGCCGCGGAAUCGCAGAGCUCAGGUGCCCCGCCUGCCGCAGCGAACCCAGAGGAUCUCCAGACAGACGCUAUUCAAUACCGGCAGCGCUACCAGACCGCGGUGCAAGUGAAGCUGUCACACCAGCAACACCAUAUGCACACGUGGGAUGCCAAGCACAAGUGCCACGUGCCGCUGCCUGCUUGCCAAAAGAAGGACGCGCCAAACAAAUGCAAGCAUGGCUUUCCAAAAACCAUCUGCGACGUGGCGCGCGUCGUGUGCCGGGGGAAUGCUCGCAAAUUUCGUCAGAGUACGGCUGGCAGACGAAAUGCACUUGGCUGCGUCCUCAAUCCACGUGACAACCAAUGGCUGUCGGGCACGAUGCAUGCAUUUACCCUGAUGUUCAUGGGCAACAGCCAUACCGGCAUCAAUUUCCGCAUCCCACUAUUGCCGGAAACGCAUGACCCGGCAUGCGAGCGCAACUGCUUGGAAACUACCACCUUGCAGCGCCUCCAACGGCUGAUGCAGCACGCCGCGAAAAAAGCGACGCAAUACUUCACAGGAUAUUUGCAAAAACCCCAGCCAUUGGGUCGGAAAGAGCUGCAACAAGCCGCCAAGCACCUGUCCUAUCUCGACAUUACCCCUGCCAAAGGCGCGGAGGCCAAGCACUACCGGAAAGUGUUGCAUCGAGUGUGCGGUGACUUGGAAUUUCGCUGUUCCGUCCGCCCCCUGACGGAAGAAGUCAUGUUGGCCAGUUUUUGGGACGGCGACGAACCCACGUCAGCCGAAUGCAUUCGCUCCUUUGCCGUCGUUCCCUUUGUCGGCAGUGCAUGGGUGGCCCAGUACGACAAAAACACAGAAGUGCGACAUCGGGUCAAACCAAGUCACCACAGACAGGUCCAACUGGGAGCCAGCGAGCUCUAUGGUUGGCGCGGCUCUGAUCCACGGCUCAAAUAUCUAAGCCCUUGGGAAUUCACUGCACUUUGGGACGUGCGACGUCUGCAGCCGCCGCAAAAACAAGGCAGCGAUCUCAGUGCCUGGCUCCCAGGACGCGGCGAAGGCCCGGAGCCCGCUGAUGGAUGGCAAUUUGGGCGCGAUUUCACUUGGAAGACACCUCUCGGCUACAACUCCGAACAUAUUGUGCCCCUACCCUGCCGGGCCAACACGGCACCAUAUGCGGACCACUAUUUCUGCCGCCGGGCGGUGUCACUGGUGCCAUACCCAACGUCUUGCCCCUUACCGAAAGUGGAUAUGAGCAAAGACCAGCAAGCGCGCCUGCUGAACAUCUAUCUCCGCCCAUGGACUUUGGCCGGUGACGACGCCACGUUGCAUGUGCCACAUAUUCAGGCCUUGGACACCCCCAUCACUGAUCGCCAAAAGAAGCCUUCCCAUCGGUGUGUCGGAAAAACUUCGGUGGGGUGCCGCAGUCACCACACGGCAUGGAAAGAUUACAUUCGCCACCACAUCGUGUCUGCAAAUGCCGCCCGCACCAUCGCAAAUUUCUUGGCUGCUGCAGAGUGUUCGCCGGACGACGUCGAGGAAGCAACCGUCGACGAAGCCAGGAAGCCGGACAGGGAAGUUGACACAAGCUGGGUUGACAUGACGACCGUGCAACGCCUGACUGCCGGAGAAGGGUUCCAAUACUCCAAACGGUCGGCCCAGACCGUCCAGAGUCUUGUGCACGACUGGACAACAACGCCGACAAGCACGAGCAACCAAGGGCCGCGGCAGUUCUCGACCGGCCUGCCAGACCCCGGCCCAGCACCAGCAACCGGGGCAGCUGGCACAGAUCCCUUCGCCCAACAAACGCAACCGCCACGCCCGGUGGCCACGAACUACGGAACCUUCAGGUUGGACGCAGCCCGGACGUGGUUGCAAGCUUUGAACCGGCCCGGGAUGACGCCAGCCCCCAACCCACAACAAAAGCAAGUUCUGACAGCCGUGGUGGAAAGGUGCCACGCCGAAGCGGUCGAGGAAAGGGCCGACAAGCAGAAUCGAUCAGAACCAUUUCGAGCAAUCUUGCAUGGGGUGCCGGGCGCAGGGAAAUCCCAAACCUUGCACUGGCUUCGCACGUUUUUCGAAACGGUGUGUGAUUGGCAGCACUUGCACGAAUUUGCCUUCGUAGCCCCGCAGAACACGCAAGCGGCCCUCAUAGAUGGAAUCACCAUUCACUCCUUCGCGGAUAUCCGCGUGCAAGGCAAGAAGCAGAAAAAGGAGACGGCUUUUGGACCAGACCACUUCGUCAAGUACCAACAUCUACGCUGGCUUAUCAUCGACGAAUGCAGCACAUCAGCCCUGGAAGUACUGGCCGUGUUAGAAAAACGCCUGCAAGAAGCGGUCCGUGCCAGGCAUUCGUGGAAAUGCCGCACCACCGGCACGCCCCGGCCCUUUGCCGGCAUCAACAUUCUGCUGGCCGGCGAUUGCUGGCAAUUCCCUGCCGUGAAAGCCACGUCCAUCUUCCAUAACCCCUUCAAGCACGGACAAAGUGUUCAAGUAGCGAACCUCCAGAAAGUCAUGUGGACGCAUGACCGAGGUAAUAUUCAACACCUGUUCGAACUCACCCAAGAGCAUCGUUGUGUCGAUCCUUGGUUAAGUGCAAUUCUCCAUGCCGCCCGACAUGGAGCUGUAACUCAAGAGCACUGGGCGUUUCUGCACGGCUUCCCGACCUUGCACGCUGGCUCGUGGAACCCCCACACAAACAAGUGCUCUUGCAAAAAGCCGGCCUGCGAUGCCUUGGCCAAGCAGUGGACCAAGGAAGUGAUGGAUCCGAAAAAUACAAGAACCUGGCAGGAUCGGCGCCAAGCAGAAUGCGAUGUCUGCGCGGCCGAACGCCGGCGGCGCUGCAUCGUUGCCGGAGCAUCCGACUUUGGGCCCAAUCCAAAAGACAGGAAAUUUUUGCAGGCACCAUUUGUGCAUGGACUGAAUGCUGCCAAGUACGUCGCCGCACUGCUGCGGGCCCGGUGGGUGGCGGCCGAGCAACAGCAUCUCUUGCUCUGGGUCGUGGCGCAGGACACGCCGCUCUUCCACACCGACCCUGACACGGAGGCCCAAGAGCUGCAGCACCGAAAAGAACAAUGGCUUCAGCGACAUGACCAGGCGACAGCAGGGAUAAUGGGCCUCUUGCCACUCUUGCCGGGCAUGCCCGUGCGCAUCACCCAGACCUUGCCCGAACUCAAACCCUGGGGCUUGUUCAAGAACACCCGCGGACAGUUGUUUGGGUGGAGCCUGGCCGAGGAAGACAUUGCGGCCAUCCCAACUUGCCGGCAGCCGGAGCUUGUGCUCCAAAAAAUGCCGGCAUGCCUCUUUGUCGCCAUCCCCGGUGCAACCUGGCAACACCGCCCAGGUCUUCCACCGGGGGUCGCUUGCAUUCGCCCGGUGGUGCAACAUUGGAAACUCGAAGCCCACGGCACCGCCACGGUCGCCAGACGAGGUUUUCCGCUGGCCUGCGAUUAUGCUGGCACGGCGCAUUCGUUUAUGGGGGCCACAUUAGCUGCCUGCAGUUUGGACUUAGGAUUUUGGGACACGGCGGCGAACCGGGACGCACAGCUCAGUGCCUACAUGUGCCUGUCCCGCGUAAAAAAAGCAGAAGACCUCUGCAUAGCCCGUCCCUUUUCCCCUAAUCUUCUAAGCCAAGGUGAACUAAUAGGCCCCGAUACGUUCCUCGCAGUGCAUCGGCAGACGCUGACCCUGGCGGACGCCAAAAGCAAGUUCGAGCAGGAGCAGGUGCAACGGAAGCGCAAUCCCGAGACCCUUUUCUUUUGUCGCGGAUGCACCCCGAAAGCCAAAGGCGAGCACGGCCUCCUGCCAUUGCGUGACUUCACCAGGAACAAUUUGUGGCAGCCGGAUGCUUGGUUGGAGAUCGUGUGUCUCGGCAUGGAACGCUUGUGCAGCCAGUGCCGCCACCCAUUCCAGCAAGUGUGUGCAAGUAACAAUGCCUGUCGGAAGCAAGAUUGGCCUGCGCCCGCUGUGACGUCGGUCGAAAACUCAAACCCAAGACCUUGGCGGAUUUCAGCCCCGCAGAAAUUCUGCGCCGCAAAAAAAAAUAGAGACCUACGAAGAGCAUGCUGCAUGAAGUGCGAGCGGCACCAAGCUAACAAGUCUAAAGCCAAAGCCGGGCAGUGCCGCACGUGUCAGAACAUCGUCAGCGUAUCCCACUUGCGCCAGUAUGACUCCAAAGCCAACGACGGCAUUUGUCGCACAUGUUGGCGGAAGGCAACCGACUUGGAGGCAGCGACCGCCAAAGUCUGCCCACAGUGUAGCACACCUUUGAAACCAGCGGCAACGCCAGGCUCGUGGUGUCAGAGCUGCGCCUAUCCACCGUGUGCAGUUUGCCAAAAAGUGAAGCGGCCUACUGGAGGUUGUCAGCAAGUGGCCAGGCCCGGCGGAGACCACGCGUACCAUGCCAAACAUCGCCCCUUUUGGCGAUGCACACAGUGUGCCCUAGAAAGCUGUCCGAGGUGCCAAGCCAAUCCCUUGGGUCAAGACGCGGGCGGCGGACCAGACGCCGCGUGUCCACAGUGUGCAGAACGUGGUCCCAAGUGCGCAGUAUGCAAACAGCCAAUGCUCGGCCGCCCGCAUUCACACGGCUGGUGCCACGGGUGUGCCUUUCCGCCAUGUGCAGCUGGCUGUGGUACACCGCGCCCGAGCAGAAACAGGGGAGACCAGGACAAAUAUCAUGCCAAACUCAUGCCGCAGUGGACGUGCCAGACGUGCCAGCUAUCAGAGAGUGGAGCGGCCAAACGCCGUAUGAUCCAACUGGCCGAGCAAGCAGACCCCUUGCCACCGUUGCCACCGCCGACGGCACCGCCUGAGGACAGCGCCCGUCCGGCAGGUUCAAGUGGCCAACCAAAACGAAGAAAAACGCAAAGCAGGCCCAGCAGCACGACGCCUUGCUCAACGCCGGCGACGGUCGCACCUGAGCUUCACCCAACAGACCCGACCGCCGCGCCAGAACCACCCGAUGCUAGUCCAGUUUCUCGUCCAACAGUUGUAGCUCAUCAACCGCAGAAAAGAAGACGAGGAGUAUCCCGUGCCAACGUGGGAAGCACCUUGCCGGCAGACGUCCCAGAGACCAUGCCGCCCGACACCUGA